GUGUUGUGCUGAGUGGAUUGUGUUACACACAGGGAAGGGUUUGUGUUAUGGAGACAGGGGGGGGGGGUGGAGUGACAGUUGUACUCCCCCAGGCUCCCUCCUCCCUCCGGUUACUAAGGACUCUCUGACUCCUAUAAAAUGGGGCGCAGGGAGGGCAGGGGAGAUCAGAACUCCAAUAUCCGAGCACAUAACUUAUCGGAACCAGGAGUCUAUCAGCCAACAACAUGAGGGAGUGCAUCUCAGUCCACGUGGGGCAGGCAGGAGUGCAGAUUGGCAAUGCAUGCUGGGAGCUGUACUGCCUGGAACAUGGGAUCCAACCGGACGGCCAGAUGCCCAGCGACAAAACCAUUGGGGGAGGGGACGAUUCCUUCAACACCUUCUUCAGUGAGACCGGAGCCGGGAAGCACGUCCCCCGCGCUGUGUUUGUGGACCUGGAGCCCACUGUGAUUGAUGAGGUUCGGACCGGUACCUACCGGCAGCUUUUCCACCCUGAGCAACUCAUCACAGGCAAGGAAGAUGCCGCCAAUAACUACGCCCGCGGCCAUUACACCAUCGGCAAGGAGAUCAUUGACCUGGUGCUGGACAGGAUCCGCAAGCUGGCGGAUCAGUGCACAGGACUGCAGGGCUUCCUCAUCUUCCACAGCUUUGGGGGGGGCACUGGCUCUGGAUUCACCUCCCUGCUGAUGGAACGUCUCUCUGUUGACUAUGGCAAGAAGUCCAAGCUGGAAUUCUCCAUCUAUCCAGCUCCUCAAAUCUCCACGGCUGUGGUGGAACCCUACAACUCCAUCCUCACCACCCACACAACACUGGAGCACUCAGACUGUGCCUUCAUGGUGGAUAAUGAAGCCAUUUAUGACAUCUGCAGAAGGAACCUGGACAUUGAACGCCCAACCUACACCAACCUGAACCGCCUGAUUGGCCAGAUUGUGUCCUCUAUCACAGCCUCCCUCAGAUUUGAUGGAGCCCUGAAUGUGGACCUGACAGAAUUCCAAACCAACUUGGUACCCUACCCCCGUAUCCAUUUCCCUCUGGCCACCUAUGCCCCUGUUAUCUCUGCAGAGAAAGCUUACCAUGAGCAGCUCUCUGUAUCCGAGAUCACCAAUGCUUGCUUUGAGCCAGCCAAUCAGAUGGUGAAAUGUGACCCCCGUCAUGGUAAAUACAUGGCUUGUUGUAUGUUGUACCGUGGUGAUGUGGUGCCCAAAGAUGUCAAUGCUGCUAUUGCCACCAUUAAGACCAAGCGCACCAUCCAGUUUGUGGACUGGUGCCCAACUGGUUUCAAGGUUGGUAUCAACUACCAGCCCCCAACUGUGGUUCCGGGUGGGGAUCUGGCCAAGGUACAGCGAGCUGUGUGCAUGUUGAGCAACACCACCGCCAUUGCUGAGGCCUGGGCUCGCCUGGAUCACAAGUUUGACCUUAUGUAUGCCAAGCGUGCCUUUGUGCACUGGUAUGUAGGGGAGGGAAUGGAGGAAGGGGAGUUCUCUGAGGCCCGCGAGGAUAUGGCCGCCCUGGAGAAGGAUUAUGAGGAGGUCGGAACUGACAGCGUGGAGGGAGAGGGAGAAGAAGAGGGAGAAGAAUAUUAAAUAAUUGAAGACAUCAAACAAAAAUUAAAACAGCCAAAUAUUUUUUGAAUAAAUGUAUUUUUCUGUUCA